AUGGCUUCGCUCUUCUUCAACGUCCGUCAGCAGCGGCAGAGGAACGUCCGUUAUCAACGUGUCCAUCCUUCCUCUGUGUUCCAGCAGAACGAUCGCAUUUUCUACUCGAAGUACAGGUUUCGUAGAGAAGAUGUUAAGAAGAUCGUAAGGAUGCUCGAACCGCUGCUGCCGGAUGCAGGGCUGGAGCCUUGGGAGAUCAGUAGAGAGGACCAGGUCCUCAUCACACUCCGCUACCUGGCCACCAACAGUCAUCAAACUGUUAUAGCUGACUGUUUCGGGGUGUGUCAGAAGGCUGUGAGUAAUGUCAUCACCCGGGUAGUGGAUGCUCUCAAUCAUCCAACAAUAGAGGCCCGCUUCCUCCGCUUCUGGCCGUCGGACGAGUGCUGGUGGUUGCGAAGGUCUCGAGAAUUCGCUAGAAACUCGAGAUUCACAAAUGUCAUUGGAUGCGUCGAUGGUUGCCUCAUCCGAAUCCAGCGCCCUAUCAACUUCGGCAACCACUACUACUGCCGAAAGGCAUGUUGCGCAGUCAAUAUGAUUGCGGUAGUGGAUGCCAGGGCCCGCUUCAUGUACAUCAACUGCGGAUUCGCGGGCAGGCACCACGACUCAUUCAUAUGGCAGCAUUCGCAAGCAGCUGCCGAGUUCGACGAGGGUCGCGCUCGUCCAGGAUAUCGCCUCCUGGGCGAUGCCGGCUUUGCCAACUCCAGGAGUGUGAUGGCGCCCUUCCGAGAGCGGGCCACAGAGAAUGACGUCAGGAAGAGGAGGUUUAAUAGGGAGCACGCCAAAGCUCGACGAGUCGUCGAGCAGGCGUUCGGAGCGCUGAAGCGGCGUUUCUGCAUACUGUACAACAUCACCCGCAUUCAGCCUCCCAAGCUGCAGAAAGUCGUGAAGGCCUGCGUCAUUCUCUACAACAUCGGUAUCUACCUGGGAACGCACAGAGGACAGUCCUUGUCGCCCAUACGCCGCGGUUGGAUGACCCAUCCCCCGGACAACGACCACGUCAGGGAAUUUGUGGUUGAGAACUUGUAG